CUAGCUUCACAAAUGUGUUUUUGACGAUAAAGCUCGCUGAGAGGUACUUAGCUAGCUAGGUUAAAGCGUUUAACUGUUCUCUUUUUUUGUCUUUGAGUAAACCAAUUAAUCGUUAAAGAGGGGGGGGGGGGGAUAGGUUAGUUGUUUAACUUGUACAGGUGGUCUUCAACAUCUUCCCCCCCAUACAGUACUCGCUGUGAACUGACAGCACUGCAAUUUGAAACACGUGUAAACUUCUUGCAACGUUUAGCAAACUAGCUAGCGGUAGCGUUACCGUCGCCUUGUUUCGAACCGUCUCUAGCUAGGGAGUGAGCAGCCCGACAACUUGUCUUGUUUGGCGAGCCAUAUAGUCGUCUACAUUAUUGAGCUAUAGAGAGCUCAAGAGGUUUUUUUCCCCCCCCAUUCAUCUUUGCUUUCAGAUUAUGGCAGAUGAAGGGUCUGUGGAGGAUUAUCCGUCGGAGAUCGAAGAGUACCUUACUGGUUUCGAGUUUUCCUUGAGCUCUGUCCAAAAUGUGAUCCAAACCCUUAUGUCUGUGUCAAAGGGCGACCACGUAAAGCUUGACCCACUUGAACAAGCCAAAUUGGAUCUGAUGUCUGCAUACACCAUCAACUCACUGUUUUGGAUGUAUUUAGUGACACAAGGAGUGAAUCCAAAAGAACAUGGAAUCAAGCAAGAAUUGGAGAGGAUCCGAACAUAUAUGAACAGGGUGAAGGAAAUGGCAGAUAAGAAGAAGGCGGCUCGCCUGGACAAAGGCGCAGCGUCACGGUUUGUGAGGAGUGCCCUGUGGGACGCGGAGGAAGCCAAAGCCAAGAGCGGCACAAAGCGGCCCAGCAAAGCCAAGGAUGACCCACAGCAGGCCAGCAAAGCCAAGGGCGGUAAACAGAAACCCAGUAAAGCCAAGGGUGAUCCACAUCGGCCCAGCAAAGCCAAGCAGCGUAAGCUGAGCUGAGGGACACUUAAAAAAAAACAAAAAAAACAAAAAAACCUUGCUUCAUAAUGGAAAUUUGGGUAAUACUUGGCUAUUGUCAGGAUGUUUGGUUUUAUGACUAACAAGAUUGUCCUAUGAUUUCAGUGUAGACUACAUUCAGCAUGUAUUUUGCACCUACAUUCAUGGGCUGCUGUUUGUUAGGUCCCCUUUUCUUCUAGGUGCAUUUGAUGGGUUUACAGUUCAAGACUGUAGUCCAUCUGUUUCCAUGCAAAAUUUAUCAGGCACUCUCCACUCAAUUUAUCGCUGGUCAGUUUAUAAAAGUGGGCCUCCUCACAGGAUGCUACUUGUGUGAUGGACCGUUCUCAUAAAGCCAGUGGUCAUACUAAUGUUCUUGUGAGUAUUGCACUGGUAUGGGAGCAUGGGGCACAUUACAGGUGGAGCGCUAAGAGCCGCUGUCGGGUAGGGAGGCCAAGAGCGCCCCUGUGGUCAGACACUGACCACUGAUCAGCUCUUGGGGGAUGGCUAUUAGAAAUUGUGCAUGAAAAUAGAUGUGUAAAAGCCUCUUGUACACAUUGUAGUUUGCAGUCAAUUAAGUGGUGAGUGUAGAUGUUCUAUACAGAAUAAUGUUUACUACAGUAUAUUAUUUAAACUGCGUUCUCCAUUCAUUAAAAAAUAAAUGCAAGUGAUGGAUUAACAACUGA